GCAGUUUACAAAUGUCUCCAAGUGCAAAUCGUGGACUUGAGGGAUUAGCGCUGUUUUCCGACCUACCUUCCAGUGUCCUCCCUCUGACGCGUUGGCGCCACAGCUUGCAAAAUAAAGUGGUCAUAAAUUUCUCAGUGAAAAGGCGGGCGUCACGAGGAAGCAAGUCUACAGCAGGGUGGGUCAGCGCUAAGUUCUGCAAAGGUCAGGGCGAAAGAGAGGCGUCAUGGGCUUCCGGAAAUUCUCCCCCUUCCUGGCUUUCAGCAUCUUGGUCCUGUGCCAGGCCGGCAGCCUCCAGGCAGCGCCUUUCAGGCCAGACUUGGAGAGCAGCCCAGACCUGGCCACACUCAGUGAGGAGGAAGCGCGCCUCCUGCUGGCCGCACUGGUGCAGGACUAUGUGCAGAGGAAGGCCGGUGAGCUGAAGCAGGAGCAGGAGCGGGAACAGGAGCAGGAGCAGGAGACAGAAGGCUCCAGCGUCACUGCCCAGAAGAGAGCCUGUAACACUGCCACAUGCGUGACCCAGCGGCUGGCAGGCUUGCUGAGCAGGUCAGGGGGUGUGGUGAAGAACAACUUCAUACCCACCAAUGUGGGCUCCAAAGCCUUCGGCCGGCGCCGCAGGGAUCUGCAGGCCUGAGCAGCUAAAUGGUUCCAGGAAGCAGGUUACCAUGCAGCUGAACUCACCACUUCUAUUAAUUCUUCCUGACAAGUUGGUGAGAAGGCCCCAUGGAAAAUACACGUUUGCAUCCUACUAGAUACCGAAAAAAGCGCCUUUGUCACUUGAAAGAAAUGAAACUGAAUGCAAAGCAAGCUAAUUCCAUACUUAUUGUGCAUCAUUUUUAUUCAGCGUCCAGUAGAUGUGAUGGCAUCACCCACUGGCUUAUCUGGUAGUAACUUGGUUCGCUGAGAGCCAUCCUGUUAAUCAUGGCGGCCCUGCCAAACUUUAAGCAGACAUGAAAUCACUGCCUCUUGCAGCCUCUGGGAACACAUGGUAUUGCUGUGCCUUGUUGUCUAAGAACAUGAUUGUACAAUUUGUUUAAGGAAAUGUCAUAAUUGUGCCAUUUGUGAACUUCAUCAAGAUUAAAAGCAUAUUUUCGAUA